AUGAAUCCACUUCCCAUUGAUUCCAAAACAGGUGUUCUACCAAACCCCACUCUCCUUCGCACUCGUCAACCUCAAGCCAAUUCUCCCGGGCCAUGUGCUCGUCUCCCCCGGCGCGUCGUCCCGCGCGUCGCCGACCUUAGCGCCGCAGAAACCAGUGACCUCUUUCUGACGGUGCAGCGCGUCGGGCGCAUGGUGGAGCGGGUGUACGGAGCUUCGAGUCUGAAUAUCGCAGUCCAGGACGGUGUUCAUGCGGGUCAGAGUGUGCCGCAUGUGCAUGCACACAUUAUCCCUCGCAAAGCGGCAGACCUCGAUCAUCGCGGCGGGACGGAUGCUGUGUAUGAUUUGCUGGAUGGAGAGGAAGGUGAUAUUGGAAAGACAUUGCGGGAGACUGGUGCGACGGGCGAAUCUCGAGAAUCACCGGAGCAGAAAUCCAGCAGGAGGUCGCGCUUCCCGGCGGUGGACGACCACCAGCGUAAGCCGAGAAGCGAUGAGGAGAUGAGGGUCGAGGCGGAGAUGCUGGCACAAGAGAUGGAGAAGGAGGUCGAUUAA